AUGCAGUUUAUCUUUGUGGUUACUUUAGUCACCUUGGCCUGUCGCGUGGUGAACGCAAAAACCACAAAAGGGACGGAGUACGUAUGCGCUCUUUAUCCGGAUGACGGACCAUGCAGGGCACGCGUGCCACAGUUUUAUUUCAAUUUGACAACAAAGACAUGCGAGUGGUUCAUCUAUGGCGGCUGCGAAGGUAAUGCUAACGAUUUCGCUGACGAGGACGAAUGCCUAAAAAAAUGCAAAGGACGCAAAGUUCCGAGCAUAUGCUCUGUCCCGUACGAAGAUGAGAAAUGCCGAUAUACGGAUGAUAAACCAAAGAAACGUUAUUGUUAUAAUGGGGCUUCUAACGAAUGUAUACUGGUCGAUCCAAAUAGAUGCCCGAAGACUCAGAACAUAUUUUGGAACAAAAAAGACUGCCAGAGUCGCUGCAAAACCAAGGAGAAGAGAACUUUCAAAGUCCUUAAAUCAAAACGCUGGGAUUGA